CCUAGAUUUGAGUUGUGAUGAUGCGUAUGUUGAGCUCAAAAUGCUGGCGCAACUCACCCCUGCAUUUUCCUUCAGCAUUCAAUGAUUUCAUGAUCAGCAGACAAUAAUUAUUCAUUGAUUUCAAUGACCUUCCAUUAUCUUUGAAGAUUUUUCAAUGAUUUCAUAAGCAUUUAAUUUUGGACUUAUUGUUUUUCUAUCCUUAAUAAUGUGAAUUACCAUCUUUCGUAUUGUGGGAUCUGAUACACUGAAGCCUUCCAUUUAUCAGCUCUUGUUAGGCUUACUGUGAAGUGUGAUGCCAAAGUCAAAGUCAGGAGAUAAGAAAAAGAAGAGAGAAUCAUCUGGUGGUAGUGUGAAGUCAAAUUCUAAAGCAAAGGAGAAUGGAACUUCUUCAGCACCUAGGGAGGGUUCAGCUCCCCCAAAACAAACUUCAAAUUCAAAGGAAAAGAAAGCUGAAAAGUCAAAAAAGAAAGAAAAAAUUCAAUCAGAGGAUGUUCAAAAAAGUCAAUCUCAAUCAUCCUCUAGUCCUAAAUCUACGAAGCCAGGUGGAUCAUCAAACAAAGGGAAGAGUGGCUUAGAAUCUGAAAGCUCUUCUGUUAAAGAAGUCAUGGAUGCUAUGGACGAGCUGAAGCCUUUGUUUGAUGAUCCAUGGAGCAAGAGCUAUGCGCUAGUUCAGGAAGAUGGUUCCGACCUUCGUGCCAGGGAACUGUUAGCUGAUACACAGUACUCUUUCCAGAUUCCUAUUCGCCUCAUAGAGCUAUUUUCCAAAGAUGAAGCUGAGCUCCUGGAUGAGAUGAAGCAGCUGAAGAGCCUUCUGCCGCCACUCUCUGACCUGGUGAGGGAUGCUGUGAGACGACAUGAGGAUAUUAUUGCUUCCUACUCAGUGUCAAAAACCACUCUCAAGGCCCACAAAGGCCCAUUCUUCAAGCGCUCCACUGUGAAGGGUGACCCAAGUCUGGAGUUUGUGCCGGUGAACCUGCACUUGCAGCGGCUGGUGGCCGACGCGCCCGCUGCCGACCGCUCCGUGAUCCACGAUGUCAUCACCGUGGGCGCCUUCACGGCCUUCUCUCAGAAGUUCCGCGACGGCGGACUGCUCCAGUACGCUGAGCUGCUGGGCGGCCGGCCGGUGCCGGGCGGCGGGCCCUGCUGCAGCCUUCCCAGGAUGGUGGAGCGUCUGGCUGCCGGCGGAAGGACAGCUCUGGAUGGUGAUAAGGCCUCGGCCAUGUACCAGGCAGAGGGCGUGGUGCAAGCCAUAGAGGAGGCGAGGUCGCGGAUAUUGGAGGCGUGUGUGGGCCUUCUGGAGGCGGAGAAGGCGGACGAUUCGGCCGCCAUUCCCGCUCUAGUGAAAAUCAUAACGGCAGAGAGCUCGCGUGUGGACGUGGCGCUGCACAGUCCGGUGGUGGCCGACACCCACCAGCAGCUGGCCUCGAGCAGCGCGACGGGCGCGGCGCCGCACCUGGGCUGCCUGCCGGUGCCGCCGCUCGCCGGCCGGCUGGUCUCCCUGCCGGCCGCCGCCGCCGCCCCGGCCGACUGGCGCUCGGCCGCCGCCGCAGUCAGCGCCGCCGCCGCCGGCCUCUGCGCGGCAGAGGGCGCCGCGCUGGCGGCGGCCGUGCCGCAGCUGCGCGCCGGCUGCGACGCGGCGCUGGCGGCGGCACGGCUGGCGCGCGCCACGACCCGGCUGAGGGAGCAGAGACGCACCCAGUUGCUCAGGGAUGCCGCGCGGCACCGACGGGACAUCUGCUUCAGCCACGCGGUGACGGCAGCCAGUGUGGGCCUGCUGACGAGACUGUGGUGCCGGCCAGCCGACCCCGCCUUCAUGGAACAGCUGGCCUCCGUCGGGCCGCUCCUCCAGUUCGAGGGGCUGCUCUCCUACUAUGGACACGAAGCCGGCAUGGUACAGGAUAUGGUGGUGGCUGUCCAGGAUCUGGAGGGCGUCGAGUUCAUUCUGGAGCCGGCCGCAGCACCCAAGGGCCCCGGCGUUCCGGAGGUGCGACUGGAGGGAGGCAGGGGUCGCCUUCAGGUCUACCUGCCCACGCCAAAGGCGCUGCUCGCUGGCAAACGGGCGGGGAAACAAAUCAGGUUCCACCCGCGUCCUGUGUUCUUCAACGUGGGUAUCAACGAGCAAGCAACCUUUUCCGAGUACGUGGGUGGUACGGGGCCGCAACGGGCCUUCAACGAGGACUCAUUCCGUCAGCUGGCCGACUACGUGAAUCUCUGCAGCGAACAGGGAGUGUUGCCCAAGCCUCCCAGCAGUGGGGACGAGUCUUGUCCGGAUGUCGGUGACCUGAUCAUUCAGCUGGGACAAACUAUCCGCUCGGGGCGGCCCAAGGAGGUGAAGAUUCUGCAGCUGGCCUCGCAGAUCUGCCGCGCCGUGUCAGGCAUCCGGUUCUGCAGCUGCAAGUCGGCCAAGGACCGUACCUCCAUGUCUGUGACGCUGGAACAGGUGAACAUCCUCAGUCGCGAGCUGCAGCUGGCCUCCGCCGAGCGGCCGCGCGCCCUCGCUCUGAUGCGCACGGACGGCGCGCGCCGCCGAAACGCCGAGAAGAACGUGGGCUCUCCGCGCUUCUCCUUCAACACGCUACAGUUGCUGACCAUGCCUUCCGAGUAUCGCGCGCCGCCGGGCACCUACGGAGCCGUCGAGUCGUGAGGCCGCGCGCCGCCGCCGAGUCGUGGGGUGGUGCGCCGCUGUGGGACCGCGCAGCGCCGUGCCACGGGGGCCGUCGAUCCACGUACGGAGGGCCGGCGCAGAGCGACCAGAGGGCACCGCUGUCUGAAUGGGACGGGCGGUAUUGGCUUCAGGUAGUGGGCCUCACUCCUCUGCACCGGGGCCGCUGCUGAAGGAUGGUGUUGGACACCCUUCUUAUUUAUUAAAUUGCGUGGCCUUAUGUUUAUGACCAAAGCGCACUUGGUGCUUUUCUGUUUUAUUUAGUUCUGCUACCUAGAUAUUAAAGGAGCUUUAAGGAGGCUCAUGGAACGCAGCGAUAGUCUCCUAUAAAUUUCACCAGUUACCGUUUUGUAGCGGCAUGGUAUUGGUUUACAAAUAGCCAUGCUUGCGCGUAUAUUUUCUUCGAGUGACCAGUCGAAGAAUAGCUCGGGCUGUGGUGUGUGCGAAUUGUAGGUGCCGCCGUGAGCCCUCAUGCACAUCCCUUUGGUUUCUGCCUGACAGCAGCGGUAGAGAGCGUUUCUGCCGCCGUCCUGCCGCCCUUUCCGCGCCGGUCAGUUCGACACGCGGGCCACCGGCCGCCGACUGCACUACGCGCUGUUCAGCGCCGCCGUCCCCGAUAUGGGAGUGCCGGCGGCGCGUCGGGCCGAUAACCCGGCGUACGAUAGCGCUGUGUGACGUCGCGCCGACGCGGCACACAGGGCGAUUGGAGACCGGUGGAGGGGCGCGGACGGGUCGGUGCGCCGCGGACCGUGGGACGACGGACUACACAGAAGCGGGUGCGAUACUAAGAACACGAGCGGGUGCCAUAGUUUACGGGCUGGCCGUUGCAUUGAAAGCCACGUGAGAAAACGAUCGUCUUUGUUGCGCUAAAGAGCACAGACGGGAAACUUUCGAAUGACUAACCUAUUUUGUUAAAUGACGUCGUAUAAAGCGAUCUUGCAAUGCUUUUUUGAAGUAGAUGAAGGUGACGUCAAGCAUGGUAUUUGCCAAGCUCGGUACGAGCGAUUAAAUAUUUACAAACUUUGCGGGGAAAAGAUGUUAUUGAUGUACUGCGCUAUGGCGACCGCCUCUUCACAGGCCUGCUGAUAUGACUGUGCCAUGUAUCCUGGGGAUAAUCCCAUAGAUCGCCGGCUUUUGUAGUGCUGUCAGUACUUCAUAGAACAUUUAUUAACCUGUUACCCGACGUGGCGAUAGGCCGUGCACCAUGACCUCAAACAGUUCUUCAGUCACGGUCGAAUGGCUCGCCUUUUGGGAGAGCACCAUGAACAAGAUUAGUCUCUUCAACUGUACCAAACUAUUACCACAACGACGAUCUCGUCCUAUACUCAGCCUUCGUUUCCCCGCCGAUUUUAGCGACACAUCUGCAAGGUGCACGGACGGCCUACCUCACUCCGUGCAAAGUUGGGGCCCCUCUGUCCAUGAUCAAUGCGCACGGGGUAACGCUGGACGGUCGAUGUCGAAUGGGUGCAGUCCGCGUACACUGCUGGUUGUCAUGGACAGGUGGAGGCACUUCGAGUCGACAGGGCGUACAUGUGCAAUGCCGUACCGUGUAUGUUGUCUUUCAAUACUGAAAUACCGCCCGGACAGAGUUGUUUCGGAACGCCGUCGGGCAGCGGCCCUUGGUGCGAAUUACUUGGCAGGUGGAAUAGCGACGGUCACACCUGUAAUAACCACCGGCGUCGAGAUAAAUUUGAUGAAGCGCGAAAUGUUUCUGUGUCUGUACUUUCAAAUUGUGUUGCAACUCCAUGACAUCAUUCUGGAACCUAUCGAUUUUGACCAAAUGAUGUAAUUUUGCCGAAACUGUGAAAUAAAUGGGACCGUGACAA